AUGACCCAAAUCAGCCAUUCAGACUACCUUCGAUCCUCGAAGCCUUCACCUUAUGCGGUGAUCAGCGGCUGGCACUUGAAAGUUGCUUUCCACGACCCCAUGCACAUGGUGUUCUUGGGGGUAUGCAGAGACCUCUACGCGUCAUCGCUUGCAUAUUGGAUUCGCAAUGAUUUCUUUGGGACAGGUAAUGUUUCUGAAAGACUCCGUCAAUUUUCAGAAGAUCUCAGGGCCCAAUGUCGUCAGGAAAAGAUCAGGGUUGGUUUCACCCGCUUCACACUUGCCAACACGGGCUUAGACAAAGGAAACCACUUCCCGGAAUUGGGGUCCAUCUUCAAGGCUGCAUUUCUCAAGAGUGCCCUGUGGUUUUUUGCAAAGAAAGCUAUAGACAUAGCUGAGCAAUACCCACACGAUGAGUUGUUGAAGCCAAUAGCUACGUGCCACUGGCACCUCUAUGCUGCUGUCUAUGUCUUAGACCAUGCUGACUUGGUCUUGGAUGCCUGUGACGCCCAGGAUGUUAGCCAAAAUUUCGAGCUCCACCUGAUCUCCUGGCAGCAUAUUGCCAGCCAAUGUGAGAAGAAUGGGUUGCGUUUGUACAAAAUGAGGCCGAAACACCACUAUAUGGACCAUACGGGGGAAGAUGUGAAAAGAACACAUCUUAACUGUUUGAAGUUGAUGGCUUGUUUCAAUGACGAGUCCUUCUUGGGAUACCUGAAACGAAUUGGUAUCCGCUGUCAUUCAUCGAAAAUGAUGGAAAGACUUUUCCAACGUUACCUUCUUUUCAUAGGUUUACGCUGGCGGGAUGCAGCUAGCUGA